ACAAGUGCCAAUUUCGUACACAACCCCAACCCUUCGCUCCCACCGUUGUUUUGCGACACUGAGCAAACAAAGAAAACCCUCACCCAUUUGUUUGUGAUUUUAAAAAGCAAGAAAUCAUCGUAUUAUUCGUGCUUACGCAGAAAUCAAAACCCAGAAAAUGAUGAACUUUGUGGCUCUGUUCCUUGUUGUGACUUCACUGGUAACCGCUGGGGUGUGGUUUCCGUCUGCCAGCCCACCAAGUGAUCAGACCCAGCAGCAGAAGCAGAGGCAAGAAGGUCCUCAGCAGCAGCAUGCUAGGGAUCAGGAAGUCAUUGUCAAAAAUGGGCACAGGGUGGUUGUCGUGGAGUACGAUGAGCAUGGCCACCACAAAACCAAAGUCUCAAUCUCGCCGGAACACGGCCAUCCACCCCGCAGAGAGUCUUCUUCCUUCUCCGAAAAUGAAGUAUCGUCGCCCUCGAAGAUUUCUAGGGCUUUCGACAACUCCAUGGAAAACAUCAAAGAAGCGGCCUCUGGUCUCGCUAACUUUGGCCAAGGCCAUGGCGAGGGUCACAGUCCGAAAGAGCUCAUGUGCGAUGCCUACGGAAGAUGCAAGCACAACAUUGCAAGUGCUAUCGAGACCAAAAAGGAGAUUUGUAAGGAGACAGCACACGGGGCAAAGGAGGCGGCGCAUAAGGUAGGUGAGGCGGCACACAGGGCAGGCGAGGCGGUCGAAAAUGUGUACGAGAGGGCGAAAGAUACGGUGUCGGAUAAGGCGCACGAGGUUGAGGAAACUGCUAGAGACCCAAUGGAAAAAGCAAAGAACGCCUCCAAGACGGCCAAGGACAUGGGGGACACGUUGGCGGAAAAAGCAAAAGAAGCUAAAGAGACCGCGGAGGAAGCAGCUUUUAAGGUGAAGGCUGGAGCGGAGGAGCUCAAAAGUGACUUGGCUGAAAAAGCGAAAGAAGCGAAAGAGACUGCGGAGGAAGCAGCUGGUAAGGUUAAGGCUGGAGCGGAGGAGCUCAAAAGUGGGACCCAGAAGAGGCUGCAUCAGUCGAGGGACAAAGUAAGAGAGUUCUGGUACGGUGCAUUCAGGUCCAUAGCAUCGGGUGACUUACUGGAGGGUUUGAUGUCCGUGGCGCAUCUAUUCGGGCUGGCUACGGCUUACGGAAUGUGCAUGUGGAUUACGUUCGUGUCGAGCCACGUGUUGGCGUGGAGUCUGCCGCCGCAGCAGUUUGGGAUGGUACAGAGCAAGAUUUACAAGGUUUAUUUCAAGGCCAUGGCGUAUAGUGUUGGGAUGGCAUUGUUGGGUCAUCUGUGGAGACAUAGAAGCUCAUUGUUUCGAGGGAAGGCGGCGGAUAUGUUGCAGAACUAUAAUCUUAUCGCUGCUCUUUCCAUGAUCUUAUUCAAUAUGAUGUACUUGGAGCCUCGAUCCACUAAGGUGAUGUUUGAGAGAAUGAAGAUCGAGAAGGAAGAAGGAAGAGGAAGAGAGAGAGUACAUGUUGAUGCCAGAAUCAGCAGGGAGGCUGGCCAGCAGCAGCAGCAGCAGACUACCACUGAAGGCGAACCCUCAAUCACGACGCCUCCACAAGUCUCGAGGAGGGAGCAACAGGUGGUUGAGCCUGAUAUUGAGAGGCUUAACGAGAUGCGUGAGAGCCUGAAGAAGCUAAAUACAUGUUCGUCGUUCCUCAACAUCGCGUCACUAAUGGCUCUUAGCUGGCAUCUUGUGUAUCUUGCCCAGCACCUCCCCAGUUCAUGCUGUUGAUAAGGACUUGGAUUCGGAGAAUCUCUUUGCUUGUCGCAGAUAAUUAUUUGUUUGUAAAGUUGAUGUUUUUGGUAACUUUCGAUAUGAUACUUGUACCAUAGCUGUAAUGAAAGAUAUGGAGUCAGACUGCUGCACUUGUUCUUAUGUGAAGUUACAUGAAUUAACGCUGGCUACAUCUUCUGUGUUU